UCUCAACUCAUAGAAUAGUUCUUAUUGUCUCUUUCGCCACUCUCUCUCUCUCUCUCUAAAAACCCUCAAACAAAUCCCGCUUGCUGAAGAAAACACAACUUGAGAAAUCUUGAUUAUGGAAGAUGAGCGAGGUGGUGGGGGUCAUGAUGGCGGCCCGGACCUGGGUUUGAGUGCUAAAUUGGCUGUGGAAAACAUGGGUAGUGAAACUCAGGCUGCAGAAGUUUUUGGGGACGAAGAUGGUGAGGAAAUAAUGGUGGAGGUUGUGGGUUCGGAUGUUUAUGUAGAUGGGAUUAGUGGCAGCGGGGAGGGUGAUGUAGAGAUGGGAGAAGCCGGGGACUUGGAGGUUGGUGUGGUUGACAAAAACGAGGAAUCAGCGAAGGUUUCAAGUGAAGGGGAUGGGAAGAAGACGGGGGAGGAAAAGAAAGAAACUGCUGAAGGUGAUUUGGGGGUUUCUAAGUCGAGGGAUGAAAAACGUGGUGCUACUGAGAAAAUAAACAUCAAUUUGAGAGAUUUUGUUGGUGUUGAGAUGAAAAAAGUUAGUGCAUUGCUGGCAGGAGGGGUUAGUAGUGUCAAGGGCGAGGAGAGUUCAAGGAUUAAAAAGCCGGGAGGGUCUUCAUUAGUGGUUAGUGAGGUUCCUACAGAAGUUUCUAUGGAGAUUUGUGAAGAGGAGAAUACAAAGGAUGAAACGGUUGAUAAGGAGAGUUCUGAGGAAGUGAGGCUUCGAUCUUUAAAACGUCCCGUUGAAGCUAUUUCUGAUGAAAAAUCUGACCCUGUUGCUGCGGAUUCAGUGAAGUCUGAAGGGAAAACUGAAGAAACAUGUCAUGGUAAUGAUGGGGAAAUUUUAGGCUCGGAUGGUCAGAAAGAUGGGGAUAUGCAUCAUGAUGAUUCGGGUGUGGAGGAAAAAUCUAUUGGUGAGAAAGAUGUUUGUGCUGCUGAAAACACAAACUUGAUUCCUAAUGAGAGUGAAAAUAGAUCUGACAAAAUUGGUGAUGCUAAGGUUGAGCCGAAAGAUCAAACUGAUGAUGUUUCUCAUGCUGGUCCAGAAUCUGUUCAUGAGAAAUCUUUUGAGAAUCGGGCAGGAGAAACCGAAGGUAAGGAUGAUUUAGAAUCACAUAAAGCUCAAAACGACGUUUCCUCUGUUAUACAUACUGAACUUUCUGAUGGUGGUGAUACUACUGAAGCAAACAAAGGGAGAGGCCUCGAUGUUGAAGUUAAAGACGAGGCCGAGGAAACCGUGCAAAGUAAGAUGGGGGCAGAAACGGGCGACCAGAAUGUUGUGAUGUCUCGCGUGAAAGCUGUAGACGGGGUUGGAUCCGGUGGAGAAGGCAAGGAGAUUGAUUCAGAAAAUUUGGGGAAGUCGGUAGCUGGCCAUGAAGAUGCUAAAAUUCCUUCAAAAGAAGAUGUACACGGAGACGUUGUGGACGAGGGCAUGGAGGUUGAUUCAGAAAUUUUAGAGGGAUCCUCAACUAGGCACGGAGGUGCUGAAAUUCCUGCCGAAGAUGAUUCUGCUGAGAAUGUUCAUCUUCCAGAAAAAGGUGCGAAUGCAGAGGUUGAAACUGCUGAUGUGAUGGUGACUGAAGGGCUGGUAACAGAAAUAUCUAAUCCCGAGGCUGAGAAUACGAUUGUGGUGCAAAAUGAAGUGACUGAUGUGGCAACUGAUUCUGGUAUUGCUGGGAGUGCAGAAAUGCUUAGCGAAUCUAAUGGAUUUCAUAUGAUGGAGGCCCCGGGGGAUCAUAUGUCCGAGGCAAAACCUAUGGAUGUCGAUGAUGGGCGGGAGGUCAAUACAGAAUUAGCACCCGAGGAACCCCUUUUGGAGAGUGAUAAAUCUAAGAUAUCAACUGAACCACUGUUCAAUUAUGCAGGCGCGUUGAGGAUGAAGCAAUUUGGUUACUUGAUGCCCCCAGAAAAAGACGGUUGUUUUGCCCCAUCAGAUUUGGUCUGGGGUAAAGUCCGCAGCCAUCCGUGGUGGCCGGGACAAAUAUUCGAUUCAGCAGAUGCCUCAGAGAAGGCUGUUAAGUAUCACAAGAAAGACUCUUACUUGGUAGCGUAUUUUGGCGAUCAAACGUUUGCUUGGAACGAUUCGUCUGCCUUGAAGUCUUUCAGGGCGUAUUUUUCCCAGAUUCAGAAGCAAAGCAAUUCCGAAUCAUUCCAUAAUGCAGUCGGCUGCGCCUUGGAAGAGAUCGAGAGACGAGUACAGCUAGGGUUGUCGUGCUCUUGCACACCCAAGGAUGAGCAUGCUAGGAUUGAAACUCAGGUUGUGGAGAACACAGGGAUACGUGAAGAAUCAAGCCUGAGACGUGGCGUGGAUCAGUCGAGCUGUGCAUCUUGUUUUGAACCCAAGGAACUCAUUGAGUUCAUCAAAGGUGUGGCGCCACGUGCAUCUUCUGGAGCUGAUGGACUGGACCUUGUGAUUGCUCGAGCGCAGCUAUCUGCGUUUUGUUGUUUUAAGGGGUAUCGUUCCCCUCCUGAAUUGUUUCAGGAAAACCAUUCCUCGCCUGAAUUUCCUGCAUCCAAUGAAUUGCUCGAGAUAGAUGACCUAAUAGGUGACGGAACAGCUGCUUCCCGCAAACACAGACUGAAGGAAGGUGCUCAGUCGCGGAAAGAGAGAAGCUUGAAUGACCUAAUGGGCGACGGGGAAUACUGGCCAGAUGCUGAAGACGAUUCAGUCCCUGGAAAGAAACGAAAAGCUCUCGAUCCUCUAGCGGAAGGUUCAGACAAAAGGGUAGCAAAAGUGCCCACACCAACAAGUCAAGCUCCGAAGCCUUCCUUUAAAAUUGGUGAUUGUAUACGUAGAGUAGCGAGCCAGCUAACGGCAGUCGAUGGUUCUCCGAGCGUAUACGAGCCUUCGGAAAAGCAAGGUGUGGUGGUUUCAGUGGAAUCUUUAUCGGUGGACGAGUUGCUAUCUCGACUUGAGCUGGUGGCGCAAGAUCCUAAGAGAAGGCCUAGCAUCCAGCCCGAUAUCCGUGCUUUCUUCAUGCGUUUUAGAAGCUCGAUUGCUUUAAGCAGAAGAGGUAGAAAGAAAAGGUCCGAGCAGGCAGUCGGAGGAUCUGGUGAGGAAUUUGAAUUUGAUGAUGUGAAUGAUUCCUAUUGGACGGACAGGAUCGUGCAAAAUUACUCAGCUGAGCAACUGAUGCACGAACGAAUGAACGGAUCUGGGAAUCUCGAGCUAGUGACAUUUGGUGCGGAGAAACCUGCAAAGCCGGGCCGCAGACCUUACUCUAGAAAGAGAUUCUACCUUGGGAACUCGCCGACUUCAGCCCCCGAACCUGAUGAGAGCGCCAAAAGGAUCAAGCAAGAGACAUCUCCAGCAGAGCUUAUAUUGAACUUUGAAGAAAGGAACCGUGUCCCUUCGGAAAUCAAUCUAAACAAAAUGUUUAGACGUUUCGGGCCAUUGAUGGAGUCAGAGACGGAAGUUGACCACGAAGCCGGCUCUGCCAAAGUGAUCUUUAAGCGGGGCUCGGACGCUGAAGUUGCUCGCAACAGUGCUGAAAAGUUCAGCAUAUUCGGACCAAAUCUCGUUAAUUACCAGAUAGGCUACUCGCCCGUGAUCUCUGUACGAAUUUCACCAGUUACAAUUUCCCUGCCGCAGGAAGAGGCAGCUAUCGCGCUGUAGAUUUGAAGUAUGGCACUGUUUUAUCAGAAACUGUGGCCGUCUAACUUUAAUCCGAGGGAUGCACGAGCACGAAUCCCAGAAGAGAGGAGAAGCUGCGGAUUGGAGUCGGGAUCGGGUGGUGGAGAAGUCGUAUUUUCUUCCCGGUAUCGGUUGUCUAUUUGCAUUGUAGUAGGAGAGAUGUUACUUUGUUGUAUUCAAGGAAAUAUUUGAAGGUGGUUCUUUAAUUUGUAUCAUCACAUGCUACUCUGUUGAAGAUCUUAGCGUUUAAUUGCAUUUAGAUUGUCUUCUUUCACGUCAA